GAUAAGAAGCCGUGGCAAAGGUCUCGGCAGAAACAUGUUCUCCCGCGUGAAGGUCCAGGGUGAGCCACCGACGACAGCGGCAUCAGCUGGCCGGGAGAACAGAGUGGCUGCCACACUAACAUCAGUCUUGGGCUCUUCGGCAAUGAAUAGAGUACGUGUGCGGGCUUGCUCUAUCGUUAGUGGACCGUCAGAACAAACGAACAAUUGCACAAGUUCAAGGUGUGGUGUAGUUGUCACUGGCCAAUGAUCACCUCUGCAGAAAUUCAAUUUGUGUCUUUCGCUCGUUUGUUGAAGUCACGAACUCGUGGAGAGGAAUCUUGCGCUUCUCCACCUUGUCUCUUAGAUUAGCAUACAUGGUCACAGCUUAGAAUGGUUGUAGCCGCAAAUUAGUGCGCGUACGUACCCGAUGUUGUCCCCUUGGAGGCCCAACUCUGCUCGAAAGGAGGAAGUUGGCUUUGGGUGAUAAUCGUGUCCUGUGAGCUGACAGUUUGGAAAGCCAUCAGCUAUUGAAUAGGCUAAGGAAAGUGGCUGUCACUGCUUUCCUUGCCAUCGACUCUUGCCCAGGCCAUGAGAAAGCAGUGCAAAGGCGCGAUGAUGAGCUAUCCAGCUGCCGGUCGUUCAUAUCGAGUCUGACCUAUGACUGGUGGCCGCAGCUGCGUUGGCGCAUGGCUAGAGAACGGCGCUGAGACGACCGUCAACUUCGCUUGUCCACGGAAGGUCGUUCAUCCUCUAGUCAGCUGAGCGCUGAUCUGUGUAACUCAUUGUACAGAGUUGGCGAAAGGACAGUGCAGAAGUCGAGGCAUCGCACGGCGAACACUGAGUGCUUUACCUAUCGGGUUAUGCGAGUGCAUAAAACCCCGCUCCUACAAAUACCCCGCAGCUAUUAGAGCAUCCUCAUAGCAAAGGCCAGGUGGUUCAGACCACUACCUAAUACUUCACGACUUGAAACUACACUGUCCAGCUGUAUCGGGAUAGAACAGAAGAGCUUCCAUCCAUAGCCAGAUAUCUGUUACAUGUUGUGCCACAAUGCUGAAGUCUCCGGUAGACGUAGUUCCACUCCAAUUGGAACGGUUGACUGGCUGAAGGCAUUCCUGCAAAAGAUUUUGUGAGACAGAGACACAUAGGAUCAAAGCGUGUCUAAUCAACCCUUGGAUUGUCACACACACAGACACAAGGAGUGUGGUGCGCGCAGCCAGAUAUGGGUCAGAACCAGUCGUCUCGUGCCACGAAGCUGGCCAAUAAGGCACCCAAGCUGAACCGCAACCCUCUCGUGGCCAACAACGCAGAGAAAUUGAAAGCAGAGAAGACGGCGCAGUUGCAGCUGAUUCUGCACAACGAAAGCAAGGACGAGCCCUGCACAUCCACACCUCAGACACAUCUGAUCAUCCAUAGUGCUCAGCCAUGUAAGACGCGUCUGGGGAGGACCAAAGAUGCCGAGCCAACAACAAGCGCUCAGAGAUCAAGCUGCUCGUCGUGUGAGUGCGGUGGAGGCAAGACCUCGGAUCAGGACAGGAAUGAUGCAUCCGCAGCUCCUAGUACGUGUCCUAGCCGUAACUCGUCAUCUAGUCUGUCCGAUUUACGCCCUGCUCCGUCAGUAUCAUCGCUUCAGCGGCAGAAGGGCAAGUUUAAAGACCUUUCUCCUCCCUCGGUUCCGAACAAAAAGCAGCGGAAGGCGAUCUCGGAAGCCGAGUCCUCACCGCAGCGGCCAGAGCCGAUAUCUGAAAGCGCCAUCAGCAGCAAGCAGCCAUCGCAGCAGAGCAAGCGAAAGCGGAAGCAGCGGAAAACUCUGAAAUCGCUGAAGCUCCGGCGUGGUUCCAACUCCUCGCUUGUAUCCAGACGCCGGAGCAGCAGACGCAAACGUGAGAUGACCCAGCUCAGCAAGAGCUGGUUGGCGGUUAGCAACAACCUCGAGCAACUCGGAAUGGAUAUGUUCAGAAGGGUGGCAGACCUCUGUCCGGAUAUCACACGCACGAUCAGUGGCCUACCGGAGGGUGCACAAAUCUCGCCUCAUAUCCUCCUAUCGCAUCCACGUGCUCGGCAGCACGCUCGACGCGUCAUGGAAACCGUUGGCAUGGUAGUGGACAGCUACGGCGAGUUCGAUCGCGUACGACCGCUGUUGGUGAUGCUGGGACGACAUCAUGCUAAGUACGGCGUGGAGGAAAGACAACUCAUGAUGAUCGGUGAAGCUCUCAUCUUCACAUUGCAAGACUAUCUGGAAGAGGAAUGGACUGCAAUGCUGGCGGACACCUGGGCCAGUCUGUACGCCAUGAUCUACGGUGCACUCCUGGAGGGGAUCAAGCAGAGGCAAGCGCCCCCGCCCGGUAUGGAGCGGGGACAUCAUCUCCGGACGUCGUUCAGACAGGCUCCGGGCCAUGCAAUCGUAUCUCCUGCGACCAGUAGUCGCUCAUCGCCAACGGGAAAUAACCGGAAAGUGGGGCUCAGCAGAAAGCUGUCUCGCCGAAACACAUCCAGUUCGACGCAGAAGAACGGCAUCGCCGUACAAAGUGAGCGAAAGGUCAGCGCAUGACGAGUUGAACUUCUUACCUCUCAUCUACAUAUACAUGUAUUUGAAAACUUCACAAUUUUUCCUUUUGUUGAUCGCAUAAAUAGAUGUACAGGUACCUGGAAAAUGCUUAUGAUAUUUCGUGUGUUGAUUCGGCGAUUUGGCGUCACGUGUUGAGGCUCCUGUGCACUUCUUUACCCUAGAAUUGAGGCAAUUCUUGAAAAUCCGUGCGUGGAUCCGUGUAUUCAUCUGCAUAUUAUAUUAUACCUUUGGCCAAUUCUGCUCUGAUUGCUUCAAAUAGAAAGAUCCUGUAUUUGCUACAGAAAGUGCGCUGCGUAUCCGCUUUAGCAAAUCGUGAAGAUGUCACCUGUGGCGCAGUUCUGAUUCACAUGUACAUGUACUACAAAAGAAUGCUAUCAUGGUCUUUAUGGAAAAUAAAAAAGGACUAAGGAACUACAAGUUGGCUCUCCAUCCGAAUCCAUACAUGGUCUUUAGAACAGCUUUAUUGUCGACCACACCUAGGAUAAUGUUGAUCACGCCUAGCAGACACAUUAGCUGUAUCAGAUUGUACAUAUGCAACUACUACUUCAAACUACUAAGUCUCUAGCGAUCUAACUUAUAAUAAUAUGCUACUGUUGACUUAGCCAUUUCCAUUUAGAACUCCUUCUAACUAAUGAUUCCGAUGCUGAUUAAAUAUUUUUUUAAUUAACAAACAGUUUUCAACGUUGUGUUUCUUCUCGUUACAUAAAUUAUCAUGGUGUACGGG